AUGAUAAAUUUACUUAGGUUAUAUUUUGUUAGAAUCGUUUUUUGUAUUGGUUUAGUAGUUGUUUUAAAAAACACAUUUUAUUAUUUUUAUUGGUUAUUUAAUUAUUUAAAAUCUAAAAUAUGUUUAAAAAAUUUGAAAAAUUAUGGCAAUACGGUUAUAAUUACUGGAUGUACUGAUGGUAUUGGUAAAAGUUUAACAUAUUCUUUGAUAAAACAGAAUGUAAAUUUAUUAUUAAUUAGUAGAAAUGAAAAUGAAUUAGUUAAAAUAAAAAAAGAUUUAUUAGAAAAAAAUCCUAACUACAAAGGAAAUAUUGAUAUCUUAACUUUUGAUUAUAAUAAAAACAAUUUUUCUUCAUAUAAAAUAAUAGAAGACAAAAUAAAAAAUUUAGAUAUUGGAAUAUUAAUUAAUAAUGUUGGAAUUUCUUAUCCUAAUCCAUUAUAUUAUCAUGAAAUGGAUACAGAACUAAUAGAACAAUUAGUAAAUGUCAAUUUAUUAUCUUCAUAUUUUAUGACAAAAUUAGUUUUACCUAUAAUGAUAAAAAAAAAAAAAGGAUUAAUUUUAUUUACAUCAAGUGGUGUCACAGCUUUGCAUUCAUCUCCAUUAUAUACUAUAUAUGGAUCAGUUAAAGAAGCUAUUUGUUCUUUUGCAAAUUCAUUAAGCAAUAAUAUAGAAAUACAAUGUCAUAUACCUUUAUUUAUUGUAACGAAAUUAUCAAAAAUAAAAAAACCAAGUUUAUUUGUACCAACAUCAGAUAAAUAUGCUGAGAAUGCAAUACAAAAAAUGAGAGAAGGAAAUAUUUUGUAUUAUAAAGUUAUAUCAUCUCCUUAUUUUUUUCACAGAAUUCAAAUUUGUUUAUACAACUGUAUACCAAAAUUUCUUUUUGAUUCUAUUUCUCUUUUAACUCUUAAAAUUGUUAGACAAAAAGCAUUAAAAAAAAUGAAAAAAAAUGAAUAA